AGGGACGCACGGCUAGGGCCUGAGGGGCUGGGGCUGCCUCCUCGCUCCCUGGAAAGCCUGCUGGCUGACAGAAGCAAGUCUGAACACGAACUGAAGAUACCAACAUCAGAAUUUGGCAAACAGAUGCAUGACGUUUACGCCUCACAGCUUCCUCACAUGGGCCACACACAUCUCCACCCCCUGCGACCGCACUUCCCCCUCCCCUUGCCCCGCCCCCCAUGCCGUCCCCCAUCCCCCCACUGGCCGGCCACCCCCAGCCAGGUACGCCCCUCCACCACCUGUUUGGGGAUGAAUGGCGGCGGUCACUCGAAAGAACAGCACAGGAGCGUCAUCAUCUUAACUCAGCAGGCCAGAUGUCCCCAGAUAGCGGCGGAGGGCCCGUGGAAAGGUCUGACUCCAGGGACUCUCCUCUUGGUGAUGUCAAUAUGAAAAGCCCGUCAUCUCUUGUCAACGGGUUCCCCCACGAAACGAAGAGCCCUUUCCAGCCCAGAGACGACCGCUCGCCCUUCAAGGAGGAGAUCUCGCCCUUAGCAUUCAAAUUCGAGGAUAGGAUCACCGGGGAGUCUCUGAUACCCAAGGGUGACCCGAUGGAAGCUCGUCUGCAGGAGAUUCUGAGAUUCAACAUGGAGAAGUACUGCCAGCAAAGUUUGGACACUCUCUGCCUUGCCCGUCGUGUGAGGGAGCUACUGUCCAUUCACAACAUUGGCCAGAGACUCUUCGCUAAAUACAUCCUCGGACUGUCACAGGGCACGGUGUCAGAACUCCUCUCUAAACCGAAGUGCUGGGACAAGCUUACGGAGAAGGGGCGUGACUCGUACCGCAAGAUGCACGCGUGGGCCACCGAUGAGAACGCCAUUUACCUUCUCAAGUCACUCAUCCCCAAGAAAGCUUGCCGUAGGAAACCCGAUCCUUGCCUGAUGCCAAAUGGAGCGAAGGAGUGUGGCACCCCUUUUCGCGGUCCGGACGAGACGGUGACGGAGGAGCGCAUCCAACACAUCCUGAGCGAGGCGUCCCGAGCCAUGACCUCCACCUCGGUGCCCGCCCAGGGUGGCCAGCAGGAUCAGGAUUCCCGCAGCACCGAUUCUAAGUCCCCCGCCAGCUCCACACACUCCCCCAGCAGCCCGCUCUCCAGAGACGCCAGACGCAUCCGCAAGUUUGAUAACGACGACAUGCCACAAGAGAAAGUGGCCAAGAUUUACCAGGACGAGUUGAUGAAGCUGAUGUCCAGACCACAGGAACCCCCCCUGCCGCUGCCCCGUGACCCGCAGUACCCCGGCAUCCUUUUCCCCUUCCUGGGCCAGACGCUGCUCUUCAACCGGUCCCCCGAGGAGGUCAAGAUGGCCCUCGACGCAUAUCACCAGGAGCUUGGCAAACUGCAAAGCUCGGCUACUGGUGUGGGUCUUGGGGCCGCUGGUCUUGCUUUGGGCGGCGCUGGAGGCUUGGGCGUGGGCGUGGGCGGAGCUGUGGGCAUGGGCAUUGGGCUGGGUGCGGGCGGCCUCCACAACGGCGCCCAGGACCUGUCCCUGCCGAAACGAGAACAGCGGAGUCUUGACGAAGAUGAUGACGGCAGAAAUCUGAGUGCGGCGUCACCAUUCUGCCCCACCCGAUCUAAGGCCGAGACGAGUAUCAGUACGCCCACAUCUCUAAGCAGUCUGAGCUCGUCUACACCACUAAGCAACCUUGUAACUCCAAUCACCUCAAUCGCAGUUAGUAGCAGCAGCGGAGAAGACUUGAGCGUGUCCGCCUCGCCUCUACAACGCAUGGCAUCCAUCACAAACUCACUCAUGACAGGCCCGUCUAUCCCUACCAAUGCGCCUGUCCCUCAGAAGCCCCUCAAGGCGAUCCUGCCGCCCAUCACUCAGCAGCAGUUUGAUCAGUACAGCAAUCUCAACACAGAGGAUAUUGUCAAAAAGGUGAAGGAACAGCUAAGUCAAUACAGCAUCUCGCAGCGGCUGUUCGGGGAGAGUGUGCUGGGUUUGUCACAGGGAUCCGUGUCUGACCUCCUCGCUCGCCCCAAGCCCUGGCACAUGCUCACACAGAAGGGUCGCGAGCCUUUUAUUCGCAUGAAGAUUUUCCUCGAGGACGAUAACGCGGUGCACAAACUCGUGGCGUCCCAGUACAAGAUUGCGCCAGAGAAGCUGAUGAGGACCGGAGGAUACACAGCCCCACCUCUGUAUUUAGUCGGUGGUUGCCCACUGCCCGGGGGGUUGGGGGGCCCAGGGGCGCGGCUCCCCGGCAUGUUGUCCACUUCUGGUUCACCUACCCUUCCGCCAUACACAAGCAGCGGGAAGCCCCAUCCUCUCAAGCUUGCCGCUGACCUCCCGAAGAGCAUCGAGUCCCCCCUCCCCCCUGUGGGCAUUCCUCCCUCCCUGGGCGGCCUCCCCCUGUCCUCCCACCCCAUGCCCUUCGAUACCAGGAUGCCCCCGCUCGACCCUCUCCGGAAGGGUCCGCUGAGCAACCCCCGCCACCCCGGCCCCGUGGCGCCCUCCGUGUACGAAAUGGCGGCCCUCACCCAGGACCUGGACACUCAGGUCAUCACCACCAAGAUCAAGGAAGUUCUGCUGGCCAACAACAUCGGACAGAAGCUGUUCGGCGAGGCGGUGCUGGGUCUGUCCCAGGGCUCCGUGUCUGAGCUGCUGAGCAAACCCAAGCCGUGGCACAUGCUCAGCAUCAAGGGCCGCGAGCCUUUCAUCCGCAUGCAGCUGUGGCUCAACGACCCGCGCAACCUGGAGAAGCUGCAGCACAUGAAGAACGAGCGGCGGGAGGCCAGCAAGCGGCGGCGCGCCCUGGACCCCAGCGCCGAGGUGUCGCAGGACUCGCAGGACGUGUUCCAGGCACCCUCCCCGGGCGGCACCUCCAAGAAGCAGCGCGUGCUGUUCUCCGAGGAGCAGAAGGAGGCCCUCAAGCUGGCCUUCGCCCUUGACCCCUACCCCAACCUGGCCAAUAUUGAGUUCCUGGCCCAGGAGCUCCAGCUGUCCACCCGCACCAUCACCAACUGGUUCCACAACCACCGCAUGCGGCUCAAGCAGUACCCGGGCAGCCCAGGGGGCAGCAGCUCCCCGUCGCGCGAGCCCCCGCCGCCGCCCCCCGGCCAGGCACAGGGACAGACCUUUGACCCACUCAACUUCCGCAUCCUGCUGUCGCAGCGGAUACUGGAGGUGAGAAAGGAGAAGGGCCUGCCCCCCAGCCUGCCCGGCCUGGCCCCGGGCCUGCCGCCCAGCCUGUUCCCGCACCUGCCGCAGCUGGGGCCGCAUGCCCUGGGCGGCCACAACCUAGACCGUGACCUGGGCAGCGGCCUCGACCUCUCCAUGAAGUCCGAGAACGACUUCGACGACAACUCCCUGGACGAAGACUCCAACAUGUCGGGCGCCAUGAGUCCUGGCGGCGGCCGCUCCGAGGGGGAGGGCGAGGACCGCGACGGGCGCGGAGCCCCCUCACCAGUGGCGCGCUCCUCCCGCCGCAAACCCGCCGCCCCGCAGUGGGUGAACCCGUCGUGGGCGUCGGGCGACGGCCCCAAGGAGCGGGAGGUGAUCAUUAACGGCGUGUGUGUCAUGCAGACGGACGACUACCGCCCGCGGGACCAGCAGGAGACGGUGCGCAUUGAACCCACGCCCGUGGAGGAGGCGCGCGCACGCUCCCUCAAGGAGGAGCAGGAGGAGGAGCACGAGGAGGACCUGCAGCAGCCCGCCUCCUCCAUGCCCACCCCGCCCCCCCGCCCUGAUCCCGCCGAGGGGGAGUCUGGGCCCCUGCAGGAGGAGGAGGCCGCCGCCCCCCAGGAGGGACCCGCGCCGGGUCCCGAGGCUCCCCCCGCCGAGGAGGGCGAGGUGGAGGAAGAAGAAGAAGCGUGAUGUUAGUGUCGGUCUAAAGAAGACGCUUUUGGAUUCCAGAGUUUAUCCCGUUGUUCUUAGAGUGUUGUUGUUCGUGCAGCGUACCAAAGGUGGGCCCAGGCGGCGGCGGCGGCGGCGGCGGCGGCGGCGGCGGCGGACACCUUUCUGGAAUCUCGUAGGCACGUUGUGGGCCUAUAAAAUCACAAUUUAGACUCUCAAGUCAUAAGUCCUACAAAAGGUCAACCUCUGUUAUUUUAUUAUGAAAUGUUCGUGUGUUUUACUUGUUAACUUGUCGAAAGGUUUGUACAUACAUUUGCCCUACACCCAACUUUUUUUUCAUGGAGGUCCCCGUAGGCUAGGUGACUUCAGGUAUUUAGAAUGCCAUAACCCUGAGCUUGUCGCCGGUGCGGCCGCCCACACCAGGCCCGCCAGCACCACUACCACCACCACCACCACCACCACCACCACACAACUUCACAUCUGAGAGUAAACAAGAGACAGGAGUCGCCACGCCAGGGCUGCCGGCGCAGCGGUGAGCCCGGCAGCCGCCACUGCCUCAUGUCACAAAGGCAGCACCCGCGGCAGCUCCCACCAGCCCCCGCUGGCCCCUCGUUACUGGGACGCCCUCAGACGGGUGACCCCGCGGCGCGGCUGUGAGAGUUGGUGCCGCGUGUGCCUGAGGGCGUGGAACGACAGACAGACUCGUUCUAGUCUUCACCCCUAGACACGACCACCCCUGCCAUCGCCCGGUGAACAUGGACUGAUGGACUGAACGAACUCUCGCCUGACGAGCCGCGAACUUUCGUCACGAUGUCAGACCUUCCAAAGUGACUGUGUAGCUGCAUCAGUUGUACAGCCGGUGAGCACAGGCUCCACGGGCGACAGGAACAAAGAGAAACUCUGUACAACUCACAACCCCGAGGGGCCAUUAACACAAAUGAUCCACCAAUGAGCCGCGAAGGGAUUACUGAUGGCACAUAACUCGCUACAUAAUUGGCUGCGUGAGUGAGGAGCUCCCACGUGAUUGGCGGAGUUCGAGGAUGAAGUGUAAGGCUGACUGGUAACAGGACGAAAUGGGAGUAGGUAUGAAGACACAGAGAGAACGAAAAAUAAUAUGGUGAGAUCAGGGAGAGAAAAAGAUAAUUGUAAUAAGGAGAUUUAAGGGAGAGACUCAGAGUUUCAGAAAGCCUGAGCGACGGACGAAGCUUCGAGCCAAUCACUCACUCAGUUCUGUCUUCUCGAAAUUCAAUGCAGCACAAAAGUGGCCAACCGUAAGUUAAAAAAUAAAAAGUACAAUUUUCAAAACCAAAAACAAAAUAAAAAAUAUCGAAUUACAUAAAAAAAAAAUAAAAUAAACCAACGAACAUAUCAAAAAAAAAAGUACGAUAAUUUUGUAGAAACGUAUAACAAUGAUAAAGUAAAAACGAAAUAAAGGAAUAAACACAAUAGAUAUGCUUGAAAAAUAGGACCACAAUUUUAUAGAAACGUAAAACAGACUAAAAACGAAAGAAAUAAACACAACAGACAUGCCUAAAAAAAAAAGUACGACAAUCUUGACAGAAAACGUAUAACAGCCGAAGAAGAAAACACGGAGAUCAUGAAAAUUAAACACUCAAGAAUCGAUCUGGUGUAAUGUACCGCGUCCUCUCUCUUUCAAUGACCUUUCCACCUUCCUCCACCCCUCCUCCUUCCCUCCCCCCCUCCCAGACCCUCCCCUAUAGACAGGUGGAGGCACAAGGUGGGGGCAAGGGGCUAUUGUAAGUCUUGAAGCGAUAUUUUGAAUGUUCUACGUCGGCAAACGAUUUUUUUCUUGUUUUCUUUUUCUUUUUUUUUUCCGCCUGACUGAUGAUGAUGAUUGUGAUUACUGACUACUUUGUCCUUCCUGUGUGUGUGUGUGUGUGUGUGUGUGUGUGUGUGUGUGUGUGUGUGUGUGUGUGUGUGUGUGUCGGGUGGCAGGAAGGAAUCGAAAGGAAAAACGACACACAAAUGGAGGGAAAAUGAAAGGAAAACUACAAUUAUUUCCUUCCUCUUGUAUAGAUUUGGCAUUUAUCUGUAACAAUCAAAGCUUCUUCCUCACAACCUCUCCUCCUCCUCCUCCCUUCCUUCCUCUUCCUCCUCCACCCUUCCCUGUCCCUCCCCCUUUCCUUCCCUCCCCUUUCUCUCUCAGGAAAAGAGAAAUUACGCCACGGGUUCAAUGGAAUGGUCAUCAGGAAAAGAUUUCACUAUAUUGGAGGAAGCGAUGACAUAAUUGUACGUGGAGGAGGAGGAGGAGGAGGAGGAGGAGGAGGCCGAUAAAGGGAGGGUGGAAAGAAGGAAGAGAGAAAAUUAUUGGAUGUUUGUGAUUCUUUUUUCAUGUAACAAUUUGUAGUACACGAAUGAGAGAGAGAGAGAGAGAGAGAGAGAGAGAGAGAGAGAGAAAGAGAGAGAGAGAGAGAGAGAGGUGAGAUGAGAUGUGUAGUACAACGGAGGUAGUUAAUUCCUUCCUCUCCCUUCAGUUCGUCCUUCUCUCCCUCUUCCUCCUCUUCCUCCAGCCUCGGUCACUGCCCUCCAUCCCUCCCUCCCUCCCUCCCUCCCACCUCGCUGUGUCAGAUCCAGUCUUUAUUUGUGGAUGUGACAACAAGCCGGACUGAACACCUGAGUUUCCCAUUACCUGUUGGAAUGAAGGGAAUACCAGCAAGUUUCACGGAUGAAUAAUAAGUUCGUUAAGAUUUUGAUUCCACAAUUUGUCUCAUUUUGCAUAUAAUUUUCCCAAGGGUUUUUUUUUUUUUUUUUUUAAUUGCUUGAUUUUGGUUCGUGUUGCUUCUCGUGUUGAUUUUGUUUUGCUUUUUGUUUUGUUUUGUAAUGAAUGUUUGGGUGUUUUUUUUUUUCUUUUUUUCUUUUUUUUUUUUUUUUUUUUUGUGUGUCUGCGUACAUUUGUCUGUUGCUUCCAUUCAUUUUCGGGUUUUCCGUCUGUUGUUUGCGUACAUUUUUGGGUUUCAUGUCUGUUGUUUGAUCGUUUUUUUCAUGGCAAUGUGUGAGAAAAAUAUGACGUAUUUGUAACUAUUUUUUUCUACUCGAAUACACAAAACUUUUAAGCUAUUUUGGCGAGUGUUGGCAUUGAUUUAUUUUUACUCAGUUCACACACCAAUUAAUACAUUUCCACGUGUGAAUACUGAAGGAGUGCAUGACUUUCUGACAGCCUUCACUCCUAUCAAAUCUUCCUGAGACGAGAGGCAGAAUUAAAGUGAGUGGCGGGAAGAGUGUCCGUUAUAAGGUCCCGCUGGAGAGAAAGAAAGGAUAAUGCAUUCUAUAAGCAGUCCAUUGUUCUUUUCAACGCUUUAUGUAAGGAAACCAAACCGGUGAUUCGUGUCCUAAUGUUAACAAAUGAUUCCUUCGUGGUUAUCCUUCCCCCCGGUGACGUGACAGUGACGUGAUGCUGAAAACUCGUCUUGUUGUCUUGUUAACUGUUCAUUCACCGAGAUAUUAUUAUUAUUAUUAUUAUUAUUAUUAUUAUUAUUAUUAUUAUUAUUAUUAUUAUUAUUUGUCAGUCAGUUGUUUGUAUACUCGUUGCUGAUUUACGAGUAUAGAGUGUAUUUGUCAUUAGCAGUUAUUAUUGUUAAGUAAUACGAUACGCAAAUUAAGCUGUUGAACCUUUGGGUAUUGUUGAACGAAAUAAAAACGAAAACUGUCCACCAAGAAUUAUGACACAAGGGAGAUGAGCGAUGCAUUGUGGUCAUCAGGUGAAGCUUUAAGUGAUGUCAGUCUCCAGACCAUUACAGGUACGUGCCCACUUGCCAGUUACACCUCGUUAAGACCAGCAGGUGAGCGGUCUUAAUCAGUUCUGGCUUGAGUGGGAUUCGGUCUGGUUAAAAUCCCAAGAGUAAUGUGGAAAAAUAAUCUCUAAAGAUCGCCAUUAUUAUUAUUAUUAUUAUUAUUAUUAUUAUUAUUAUUAUUAUUAUUAUUAUUAUUAUUAUUAUUGUUAUUGUGAGGUCUUUAUUUAUUUUUUUUCUUUGUAUGCAUGUCACUGUUCCUGUUGUUGUUAUUUAUUGUUGUUGGCGAUGUUAAUGAUGGUAACGACUCAAUAGCUUACUAACUACCUCCCCCCUCCCCUUUCUCCCCCACCCUACACUUGACCUACCUCUCCCUUCACCCCCAUUCCCCUCACUUCCCCACACCACCUGACACAAACAUUUCCUCUCAAUCUUCCUGCACCUCAUUCUUGUUACCCUCACUACCUCUCCCCGUUCUUCUCUUCCCCUUAUUGCUCCUCCACAUUCUCCCCUCCCUCUACCCUCCCCCUCUCACCGCAAAGGGAGGAGAAGGAGGAAAGAGGAAAGAGAGCACCCCACGAGUCAGAUUAUGAACAUCCAGAUAUGUUUCUCCCCACUCUCGUCUCCCCUCUCACUCUCCCCUCCCCUCUCCCCUCUUUAUUACCCUCUUACUUGAUCAACUUUUGGAAUCUGCUUAGUGAGCGACGCCCCGACCCUCUCUCAGAUUGGUUUGAUUAAAUACAGAGACUCGUUAUUUUCACCUGCCGAUUAUUAUGAAGUGAAUUAAAUGCGUCUGGUAAUUUAUCAAAAAGCCCAUUAAAUAUCCUUGGUGAUUAGCCCUGAGUUGAUGGAUUAGCAUGGCGCCAUGAGAGAGAGAGAGAGAGAGAGAGAGAGAGAGAGAGAGAGAGAGAGAGAAUCACGUAAUUUGUCAUCUCGAUCACAAUUACAAGACAGACAAAGGUUGUAACACUUCAUGCUUCACCGGCCGGGGGAAGACAGUGCUACGCCUCCCCAACACACAAAGUAACCCUAAGACUUGUGGUGAUAGUGUGACAUAGUGAGACUUUCGCCCCUAUGAGCUGGUGGACCUGACGCACGCACGCACGCAGCCAGCCCGGACUCCCCCGCCCAGGCAGAGUGGAUGCGCCCAGCCUCACUCCGCUAAGAGAACCUAUUCCCGCCUCAUAUUUAUUCAUCAAGUGUUCUCGCGGGCCGUGUCGGAGGAGGGGGAGAGGCGGCGUGUCGUCACAGUUAAUAUUUAAAACAUGGAUGACGCCACCACUGCUGCUGCCGCCGCCGCUGUGGGUCGCCAUUGACAACCAGCUUCGGAACACGCACAAGACACCAAAACUCCGCCGUUCGAAGCUUCACUCUUCCCCCGGUGGUAACGCGGGGCACCGGUAGUCGAAGUCAGGGUCCCGCCAGGUCACCGCAGGGUCACGUGAUGCGAUUGGUGACCUUGACCUGUAAUACAAGUGAACAGUGAGCCACAAGCAACAAGAAGACUGUCACGUGGCGCACCAAUACCCCCCACACCCUGUAUUUCCUCCCACAAGGACAAUCAACUCCCCCCAGCCCCAGUCCCCCCAGUUCCCCAGUCCCCAGCCUGCGAAAACCUGUCAUCGUGGUAAUAUUGUGUGUGAACUAGAAGGUAGCCGGGAGCCGUGUGUCCCUCGUGAGCGCGGAGCCUCGAGCGCCUUCCGAACCCCUUCUCGAGCCGGGGUGAAGCGCCUCGCGUGCCUCCAGCGCCUCGAUCACUUCCUCCUCACGUAAACUUUCCCGGAUCUCUCCCAUUGUAGGUGACAGUGGUGGGUAGGAAAUAUAUACAUAUAUAUAUAUACAUACAUUAUAUGCAUAUGAAUUAAGAUUCCAGUGUCCUCUUCUUUUUUUUUUUCUUCUUUUUUUUUUUUUUUUUAUCCUCUGUAUGUGUUAAGAGAUGCUGGUGAUGACGAUGGGAGCUGGCCAGGCCACGGCGGUAAUGUACUGUUGUUUGUAUGUAAGGAACACUUUGCCGACAUGAUAAUUACUAGUUUAUUGUUUGUAAUUGUGUGGCUUUUUGUGCCUUCCUUGUUUCUUUGUUCGUUGAUCUGUUUGUUUGUUCUCCAUACAGCCACGCAUUGUUAGUUCCUUUCCCGACAUUGAACAAAGGAAGCUGAGCGUGAUUCACUCCUCGUGUGUCUGUUCUGUCAAACCAAAACGAGUCUUGAAUUCUUCACGGUAUAAGCUUUUUAAAGUGUUAAUUAUAAUUUUACUUUUUUUCUUUUUUUUUACCUGAGUAGAGUCCUCCUAGAGACUAUUUCAUUCCAUAUUGAUAUUCCAAAAAAAAAAAAAGAUUAACAUAAACUCGUGUUACUGAAGUGUGUAAGGGCGACCAGCGAGACGCCAUCUUGUGGAGAAAAAAUAGCGAAUAAACACGUUCUUCCCCAACCCCCAUUAGAGACGGUGGCGGGAGAGCGAAGCGAGUUAAUAUUGUACAGAGCUUGAUGGAGGCGGCGACGAAGGAGGAGGAGACAACCCGGCAGGAGGAGGAGGAGGAGAGUGGACCGGAGGAUCGAACUCUCCUCACGUGAUGUAAAUCUGUAUUCUAGAUAGGAACCAACCCUCGACUUAACAUUUACUCCUGCUUGCGUACUAGUGACAAGACGAUUCAUUUCCUUCUUCCUUUUUUCCCUCGAGUACGGGACGAAGCCAUAUAGUGUCGCGAGGAGGAGGAGGAGGAGGAGGAGGAGAAGGAGCAGGAGGAGGAGGAGGAGGAGGCCUGGUGAGGCGCCAGGGACGCGUCUCCCGCUCUGGUCUGCCCAAGAUCGUUGUGCCAAUUGCCAAGUUUCCUCUUCUGCGUUGAUCAGUAAGGGUCAGUAUGGCAUUUAUCUAUUGAGCAUUUUACGCCCUUAUCUACUUAUCUACUUAUACUUACAGUCACAAGAUAGGUAGACCCCACCACCCCCCGGGGCCUGGGGCUGCCCCCACCCCGGGGAGGCCCCAGACCCCCGCAUACAUCGCUAGUAUACAUCCCAUCCUGCAAGAACAUUUUGCAUUGUAAGAUUUUAAAUUAAGUUUAAUAUUAUUGUACAUAAGAUAUUCAUAUCAGUCUGUAUGUCUUUUGAGAUUUCUAAAUUAAAACUAUUUGUCUGUAUUUAUACAGAGUA